GUCGAAUUACAGUAAAAUGUAAACAACGAAAUGCACUUUUUAUCUAGAUCUAUGCUUCGACCCGAAAUGACGUUCUAUAUUUAACAUUGAAUUGUGUUUUUUUUCUUUGAUAAUUCAAAGUGUGAUUUCAAAUAUAUAUCAUACUGUGAACUUAAGAUAUAUCAAGGUCUUAUCGCUUUAUUUGAUUUUUAACUUUACGUGUAUUCGGAUAGUCACAUUUCAAAAAAGUUAUGCUUCGUCAAGGAAUACUUAGAUGUCAGCGGGCAUUUUCUCCGUCGUUACAAGUUUCAAAGAAUACUGUGAAUAGAAAUGGCACGGCUUACGUCAGAACAUGUUACGCUUUCCAGACAAGACAGGCAUCGGCAGCAGCCACUACCGCUGACACCCUUAAAAAACCGGAUAUGUUUUGCUACCAGUGUGAGCAGACCAAAUCAAGACGUGGGUGUGUUACGGUGGGGGUAUGUGGUAAAUCACCACAGGUCGCCGCCCUCCAGGAUUUACUCAUGUACGUAAUCAAAGGACUGGCCGUACAUGCUAACAGGGCGAUCAAUAUGGGUGUAUAUGCUAAUGAAGAAUGUGAUGAUUUUGUAAAAAAGGCAAUGUUUAGCACGUUAACGAACGUGAACUUUGACCAGGACAGAUUCCCGGAAUACAUAAGACAGGCUGUAGAAUACCGGGAAGAAUUUAGAGUUCCCCUUCUUGCCGCUUAUGCUAAAAGCGGGAAACCAGUGUGCGAGGCCUUAACACAAGGACCCGCUGUAUGGAAAUCAGAAAAGGGAUACGAAGAUCUAGAUUAUCUCGCUAGUGAAGGGCAUAAAGUGGGUGUGUUGGAAGAUCAACAGAUCUAUGGCCCGGAUAUUAACGGUGUACGGUAUAUGACACUGUACGGUAUAAAGGGGCUGUCGGCAUAUGCUUGCCAUGCGGAUGCCCUGGGUGAGUCAGAUCCAUGGGUGUCAAAAUUUAUAUACAGGGCACUCGACUUCUUGGAAAGUGCCAGUCAAGCAGACAAAUUUGACUUGGGCUUAAAUCUGAAGCUAGCCCUUGAUGUGGGUGCGACCAAUAUGAGAGUAAUGGAGCUCCUUGACAAGGGACACAGGAGGUUAUUAGGUGUACCUACACCUACCAAUGUAUUAUCAACUCCAAAAGAAGGAAAG